CGGGCGGUGGGGCUCGUGCUGCUUUGCAGACGCCGCUACCCCGGAACCUCCCGCGCAGCCCAACCAUGGUCAACCCUACCGUGUUCUUUGACAUCGCCGUCGACGGCGAGCCCUUGGGCCGCGUCUCCUUCGAGGUAAGGGACCUGGAAACCAAGAAGUGACUGCUCAUCCAAUCCAUAAAGCUAUGUUAACAGAUUGGAGCUGUUUGCAGACAAAGUUCCAAAGACAGCAGAAAACUUUCGUGCUCUGAGCACUGGGGAGAAAGGCUUUGGUUAUAAAGGUUCCUGCUUUCACAGAAUAAUUCCGGGAUUUAUGUGCCAGGGUGGUGACUUCACACGCCAUAAUGGCACUGGUGGCAAGUCCAUCUAUGGGGAGAAAUUUGAUGAUGAGAAUUUCCUCCUGAAGCACACGGGUCCUGGCAUCUUGUCCAUGGCAAAUGCUGGCCCCAACACAAACGGUUCCCAGUUUUUCAUCUGCACUGCCAAGACUGAGUGGUUGGAUGGCAAGCAUGUGGUCUUUGGCAAGGUGAAAGAGGGCAUGAAUAUUGUGGAAGCCAUGGAGCGCUUUGGGUCCAGGAAUGGCAAGACCAGCAAGAAGAUCACCAUUGCUGACUGUGGACAAAUCUAAUAAUAAAUUUGACUUGUGUUUUAUCUUAACCACCAGACCAUUCCUUCUGUAGCUCAGGAGAGCACCCCUUCAUCCCCAUCUGCUCAAAAUAUACUAUAAUCUUUGUCCUCUCAUUGCACCUCUUUGGGUUCCAUAUUUUCCUUAUUCCCCUCCAAGUUUAGCUGAAUUGCAAAGUUAAGUUUAUGGUUAUGAAAUAAAAACUAAACAACCGUUGUC